AUGGAUUAUAAGGACUUCACCAAGGGCGAAGUAUUGACCCAUCCCUUACCAUUAAAAGAGUUUGGUAAUUAUGGGGAUAAGUUUAGUGAGGAUUUAGGAAAAUUAGCCUUUGAACGACCAGGCGAAUUAAAUGCGUUGUUAGAUGAUAUGGGCGAUGAUGGCAAUUACAACGCCGAAGCCGACAAUAAAGGAGCCAUAUUAACUAAUACCGAGGCAUUUUAUAAGCCAGGGAUGGAUACCUUUAACAAAGCCAAGAAAUUAAUUUGUUCUUAUGGGAUGAAAGAUUUAAUAUUUGUAGUGCGUCCGCGUAUUCAUUCAAUGUUAAUAACUCAAAUUUAUUCACCCAGCAAUAAUAUCGGAUAUGUAAGUUUUGAGAGUAUGUUUGGGGGCGUAAUCAUUACCGAGUUAAAAGGAAAGGAUAUGAUGUAUCUACAUGAUAAAAAAGCGUAUCAGAUGGCAGUUGCUAUCGACCAUCCAGCGAACGGGAUUUAUAUUGACACACAUAGAUACGCCAUGGGACUUCAAAAUUAUUUAUUUAAAUGA